AUGGAGCUGCCGCCGCAGGGGAAGGAGCAGGGGGCGAAGGUGCACGAGCACCUCGUGGCCACGGCGCGGGAGCUGGAGGAAGCCACCCGGCAGCUGGCGGCGGGCAGCACGGCCUCCCGGCACAAGUUCCUGAGUCUGGCUGAGAAGAUCAAAAACCUGCAGGCCAGCACCCGUCAGCUCCAGGCCCAAGUGGAGGAGCUGAAGUCACUGGGCCAAGGCUGGCGGGGCCCCACGCCCGCGCCCGGCUCGGGGGGCGGGAAGGAGCUGCGUGAGCAGGAUGACCUCGAGGCUGCAGAAACGGUGGCCUCCUGGCCCGGCCCGCCGAGCCUCUACUACACGGAGGAAAACAAGCACCUGAAGAAGUUACUGAGGACGCUGCGGGCGCGGCUGAGCCUGGAGCAGCAGCGGCGGGGCGCCCUGGAGGAGCAGUUCGGGCUGGUGCUCAGGAAGAACGAGGAGCUGGGGCAGCAGCUGGGCGCCGCCCGCGGCUACCGGGCCCGGGCGCUGGAGCUGGAGGCCGCGGUGGCUGAAAUCCGGCGGGUGCUGCAGCUGGGGCGCCCCCUCGUGGCGGAAAAGCUGGUGCACGGCUCCCUGUUGGUCCCUUUCAGAGAGCCCGGCCAGAGCCUGCGGGGGGAAGAGAUGCCCAUGCUGACUGUGCCCGAGGCCCAGCGGAGGCCCCUCCAGAGGCCCCUGCCGCCCAGCAGCAGCAGCAGCGAGACGGUGCUGAGCAGCUUGGCGGGCGGGGACAUCGGGAAGAGCCACGAGGGGACCUGCCUCCCCAAGGCCAAGGCUGUGGAGCAGAGUUCCCGGCUGCAGGAACUCGACACACAGUAUAGCGACCUGAAGGCCAGGUACGAGGAGCUGCUGACCAAGUGCGAGCAGCAGAUGGGGGACUCACUGUCCCACAAGGCUGUGCAGGCUGCCAGGGCCCCAGCCCGCGCUGGAGCCAGCACCAGCAUGCCACUUCCCAAAUACAAGGUGCUCUUUAAGGAGAUCUUCAGCUGCGUCCAAAAGAGGAAGCAGGUCGGCAAGCAGAGAGGGAAUUACCGCUCUCUCCCCUCUCCUUAA